UCUAUCAAAAACACAUCAUCCUACAAUCUAGUCCUAGUAAUUAUUGGACCCCAUGGCAUCAUCCAAGGUAUUCGCCUUGUUCGCCCUCCUAGCUCUCUGUGCUGUUAGUGCUAGUGCAACCAGUUACCUUCGGUACACACCGCCAAUGAUGCAACCAUAUCCACUGGCCAUGCUGCAGCAACAGCGUUGCAUGGCUCUAAUGAUGCAGGGCAUCAUGUCACCAGAAUGCCAGCAGCUUGGUGCCAUGUUCCCGAUCACACAGCAGAUGCAGAUGCAGCAGUACUGCAUUCCUCCAGUGAUGCAAGGCGUGAUGGCACCCCGGUGCCAGUGUGGUUCCAUGUGCCAGAUGCCAAUGCAGCUCCCAUACAUGUACAGCACAGCAGCCAUGAGGAACCCCCUGGCCUAUCCUCAGCAAUGUGUUGCUGGUUGUUCAUGCUAGAUAGAUAUCAGUGUCAUGUGUAACACCGGUGAAUAAAGUUCACAUGCCAUCGCGUGCGACUUGACAGAAAUGAAGUAUUGAAUAAGAUGGUUAUCCUA